AUGUCCCGUAAGGCCAGCGACAAUGUGGAGUACACGCUGCGGAGCCUGAGCAACCUGAUGGGCGAGAAGCGGCGGCGCCAGGCGGACGGCUCCGCUGCCUCGGGCGCGGCGGCGGGCGAGCGGAGCCUCAUCGCCGCCGAGUCGUGCUCCAGCCUUAACAGCGCAGCCUCGGGUGGCGAUUUGGAGCGGGCAGCGCGGCGGCAAUUCCAGCAGGAUGAAACCCCCGGUUUCGUCUAUGUGGUGUCGGUCUUCUCCGCCCUGGGCGGCUUCCUCUUCGGCUACGACACCGGCGUGGUGUCGGGGGCCCUACUUCUCCUCAAGAGAGAGCUCAACCUGGACGCCCUCUGGCAGGAGCUGCUCGUUUCCAGCACGGUGGGCGCCGCCGCCCUCUCCGCCUUGGCCGGCGGCGUCCUCAACGGUCUGUGUGGUCGGCGGCCCUGCAUUCUGCUAGCCAGCGGCCUCUUCACGGCUGGGGCUGGCGUGCUAGCCGCCGCCCGUGACAAGGAGACCCUGCUGGGGGGACGCGUGGUGGUGGGGCUGGGCAUCGGUUUAGCAUCUAUGACUGUGCCAGUAUACAUCGCAGAAGUUGCUCCACCCCACCUAAGAGGCAGAUUAGUCACAAUUAACACUCUGUUCAUCACUGGAGGGCAGUUUUUUGCAAGCGUCGUUGAUGGAAUCUUCAGCUACCUCUCGAAGGAUGGAUGGAGGUACAUGCUGGGCCUGUCUGCUGUUCCAGCAGUUAUACAAUUUUUUGGAUUCCUGUUCCUUCCUGAAAGUCCCCGUUGGCUUAUUCAGAAAGGCCAGACUCAGAGAGCACGAAGAAUUCUGUCUCAAAUGCGUGGCAACCAGGCAAUCGAUGAGGAGUAUGACAGUAUCAAAAACAACAUUGAAGAGGAAGAAAAAGAAGUUGGAGCAGCUGGACCUGUGAUCUGCAGAAUGCUAACAUACCCUCCAACUCGAAGAGCCUUAAUUGUGGGUUGUGGUCUGCAGAUGUUUCAACAACUGUCAGGGAUUAACACCGUCAUGUACUACAGUGCUACCAUUUUGCAGAUGUCAGGAGUUGAAGAUGACAGGCUUGCAAUCUGGCUGGCUGCACUGACAGCAUUUAUCAACUUCAUUUUUACUCUUGUGGGCGUGUGGCUUGUUGAAAGAAUGGGUCGCCGGAAACUUACACUCAGUAGUUUAACAGGUACUGCUGUAGCACUCAUUAUCCUAGCUUUGGGAUUUUUGCUAUCAGCUCAGGUCUCGCCAAGAAUCACACUUAAUCCACCCGAUCCUUCACAUCAAAACUCUACCUGCACAAAAUACAGUUACUGUAAUGGAUGUAUGUUAGAUCCAGUCUGUGGUCUCUGCUACAAAUUUAAUAAAUCAAGUGUUGUCGAGUCCUCGUGUGUUCCUGUUGAUAAAGAUUCUACAGUGAAAGCAGCUUGGGGCAGGUGUUCAAAUGAAACAGUAUUUAAAAAGGAAGAUUUGUUUUGGGCAUACAAUUUCUGCCCCACACCAUACUCUUGGACAGCACUUCUGGGCCUUAUUUUGUACUUGGUUUUCUUUGCACCUGGGAUGGGUCCUAUGCCCUGGACCGUCAAUUCUGAAAUUUACCCUCUUUGGGCUAGAAGUACAGGAAAUGCAUGUUCCUCUGGAGUCAACUGGGUUUUCAACGUGCUGGUGUCACUGACGUUUCUGCAUACAGCUCAAUACCUGACAUACUAUGGAGCCUUCUUCCUCUACGCAGGGUUUGCUGCCUUGGGACUGGUUUUCAUCUAUGGCUGCCUUCCUGAGACUAAAGGGAAAAAACUAGAGGAAAUUGAAUCUUUGUUUGAGAACAGGCUGUGCACAUGUGGUAUGUCAGAUUCUGAUGAAGGGAGGUAUAUUGAGUAUAUUCGGGUGAAGGGAAGUAAUUACCAUCUUUCUGACAAUGAUGCUUCUGAUGUGGAAUAA